CGCCGCUGCCGCCGCCGCCGCCGCCGCCACCGCCGCGUCUUCUCAGCGUUGCGCACCACCCGCUGCCUUUGCCGCCGCAGCCCGGCUCCGGAGCGUAGAGCGGGGGGCACCGGCCCCGCAGCCUACCCACCCUUCGGGCCGCGUGCGCUGCAGCCGACAUGGGGGGCCACUAAGAGCAGGCACUCCUUCCCUCUGGCACCUCCUCCGGCCCCUGGCCACUGGACUCCGGCCAGCGAGCCUCGGGCACCUCUGCCCCCAGUCCGGCGCCUGGCACGGCCCUCCGCUCUGCCCCUCCGGCUCUGAGCAUCGUGUCCCCGCCCCCCCCCCCCCGCCCGCGCCUGGGACACCUGGGUCCUCCGGCGGCCCCGAGGAGAGGGGCGGGGGGGGGGGACAUGAAGCCGCUGGAGAAAUUUCUGAAGAAGCAGACGUCGCAGCUGGCGGGUCGAACGGUGGCGGGAGGUCCCGGCGGGGGUCCGGGUAGCUGCGGCGGGCCUGGAGGGGGUGGGGGACCUGGCGGGGGCGGCGGUCCAACCGGGGGACCGCGGCCACUGCAGCGGCGUCAGAGCGUGUCUCGCCUGCUGCUCCCAGCUUUCCUCCGGGAGCCCCCCGCCGAGUCGGGGCUGGAGCCGCCCCCUGAGGAGGACGGGGGCGAGCUGGCGGGGGUCGCGGAGGAGCUCAGCAGCAGGGGGCCCUGUUGGCUGCAGCUAGAGGAGGUGCCAGGGCCCGGACCGCUCGGGGGAGGGGGGGCCCUGCGCUCCCCUUCCUCGUACUCCUCAGAUGAGCUGUCCCCGGGCGAGCCCCUGCCUUCCCCACCCUGGGCCCCCCUGGGCGCCCCCGAGCGGCCGGAGCAUCUUCUGAACCGGGUUCUGGAGCGGCUGGCUGGAGGGGCCACCAGGGACAGCGCUGCCUCAGAUAUCCUGCUGGAUGACAUCGUUCUCACCCAUUCUCUCUUCCUCCCCACGGAGAAAUUUCUGCAGGAGCUACACCAGUACUUUGUCUGGGCCGGUGGCAUGGAGGGCCCCGAGGGACUGGGCCGGAAGCAGGCCUGUCUAGCCAUGCUCCUUCAUUUCUUGGACACCUACCAGGGGCUGCUGCAGGAGGAGGAGGGGGCUGGCCGCAUCAUCAAGGAUCUGUACCUGCUGAUUAUGAAGGAUGAGUCCCUUUACCAGGACCUCCGAGAGGACACACUGAGGUUGCACCAGCUUGUGGAAACGGUGGAGCUAAAGAUCCCAGAGGAGAGCCAGCCGCCCAGCAAGCAGGUGAAGCCACUCUUUCGCCACUUCCGUCGGAUAGACUCCUGUCUGCAGACCCGCGUGGCCUUCCGGGGUUCCGAUGAGAUCUUCUGCCGGGUCUACAUGCCUGACCACUCUUACGUGACCAUACGCAGCCGCCUCUCAGCAUCCGUGCAGGACAUCCUGGGCUCUGUGACGGAGAAACUGCAGUACUCAGAGGAGCCUGCGGGGCGUGAGGAUUCCCUCAUCCUGGUAGCUGUAGCCUCCUCAGGAGAGAAAGUCCUUCUCCAGCCGACGGAAGACUGUGUGUUCACCACGCUGGGCAUCAACAGCCACCUGUUUGCUUGUACCCGGGACAGCUAUGAGGCCCUGGUGCCCCUCCCCGAGGAGAUCCAGGUCUCCCCUGGGGACACCGAGAUCCACCGAGGGGAGCCUGAGGACGUCGCCAACCACCUUACCGCCUUCCACUGGGAGCUGUUCCGCUGUGUGCACGAGCUGGAGUUCGUGGACUACGUGUUCCACGGGGAGCGCGGCCGCCGGGAGACGGCCAACCUGGAGCUGCUGCUGCAGCGCUGCAGCGAGGUCACGCACUGGGUGGCCACCGAGGUGCUGCUCUGCGAGGCCCCGGGCAAGCGCGCGCAGCUGCUCAAGAAGUUCAUCAAGAUCGCGGCCAUCUGCAAGCAGAACCAGGACCUGCUGUCCUUCUACGCCGUGGUCAUGGGGCUGGACAACGCCGCGGUCAGCCGCCUGAGGCUCACCUGGGAGAAGCUGCCGGGGAAAUUCAAGAACUUGUUCCGCAAAUUUGAGAACCUGACAGACCCCUGCAGGAACCACAAAAGCUACCGAGAAGUGAUCUCCAAGAUGAAACCCCCUGUGAUUCCUUUUGUGCCUCUGAUCCUCAAAGACCUGACUUUCCUGCACGAGGGGAGUAAGACCCUUGUAGAUGGCUUGGUGAACAUUGAGAAGCUGCAUUCAGUGGCUGAAAAAGUGAGGACAGUCCGCAAAUACCGCAGCCGGCCCCUGUGCCUCGAUAUGGAAGCCUCCCCCCAUCACCUGCAGACCAAGGCGUAUGUGCGCCAGUUCCAGGUCAUCGACAACCAGAACCUCCUCUUCGAGCUUUCCUACAAGCUGGAGGCCAACAGUCAGUGAGAACAGAGGUUCUGGCCGGGCCCUUACCAGGGUCCUCGGGCACCUGGCACUCAAGCACUUUGCACGACGUCCCAACCUGCAUCGUGACCUCUUUCCCUGGAGCCACUUCCCGCCCCACGGGGAAGAGCUGGGAGGACUCACCCCUGGACUCAUCAGCCUGUUCAUCCUGACGUCCUCUCCCCCUGGCGCCCUCAAGGCCAAACCACCCUCUCCGGGGGGUUCCCGCGGUCCGGGGAAGGGGGGCAGAGCGCGCCUUCCGCUGGCCCCUCCCACCGAGGUCUGUUCCGGAGACAGGAGUCCCCAGCCUCCCCUUCCCAAGCCGGCAGGAAAGCUGCCCCCGCUCCUGCCUCUCAGAGCCUAAUUGUGGGAGAGGUUGGCAGCCUUCCUCUCCACCACCUGCCCAGCCAAGCUUCUCCCUGGUCGCGGCUGCGACUCCUCACAUGUACCCCCGGAAUAGCAUAUUGCCCUUGUGUCCGUGUGCGCCUGCGCGCGCGCGCGGGUGCGCCUGUGUCCCCUUAGAAGGAGCAGGAGUGUAUCUAUCUGAUAAUGACGGAGGGGGUUGUGUGGGCUGGGGAGGGGGUCCUUCUGUUUGGUGCUACCCUUGUCGACUCUUUCCCCACCCCCACCCCUCCCUGCCCAGCCCCUCUGCUGCCCUGCACGCCCAGGCUUGUGGGUGAAGCUGCAUGGGAGGGCAGGGAGCACGGCAGGUGCGAGGGUUGGCCAUCAGCCCUCACGAGCCCCCCACUCAGGCCUCCCGGAGGUCCCUGGGUGGGCUCCCACGAGAGGGUAAAAGAUGCUCAGGGAAACACAGGCCUCAGCCGCCUACAGGACCCUCCCUCUGCAUUGCAGUGGGGUGAGGUGCGGCGAUAUCAGGAGUCAGGGGUGCCUGCUACCCAUACUCCUGCUUUUAGGGUGUGUCACUGCCGAGAAGAGAGCGGUGGGAAUUCCCAUCGUGGCGCAGCACAAAGGAAUCUGACGAGGAACCAUGAGGUUUCGGGUUCCAUCCCUGGCCUCGCUCAGUGGGUUAAAGAUCCGGUGUUGCCAUGACCUGAUCCCCCGUGGCUGUGGCUGUGGCAUAGGCGAGCAACUGCAGCCCGGAUUGGGCCCCUGCCCUGGAACUUCUAUAUGCCCCGGGUGCGGCCCUAAAGAGCAAAAAGGAAAAAAAAAAAAAAAAAAAAAAGAAGAAGAGGGGAGUGGUGAUCUCCCUUCUGUGGGGUAUCAACACUCGGUCUCCUCUCCCCUGUCCUGACUCCCCCUGGGUCUUUCCCAUCAGAGCCGGGCUGGGGUGGACCUGACCCUGGGGCAGGCAGCCCCCUGAAAUUGGGGAGGGAACGGCAGAGACGAAAAAGGCAGAACUGGACUCUGGCAAUGCCUCUCUGUCUCCCUCCUUCUCCUGUCCCGCGCCUCCAGGGCUGAGGGGUGCAGGGCUCUGGCAGCUAUGGGGUGAGGUUUCCUGGCGCCUCACCCUCCUUUCUGGCACCACCUCUUUCCCUUCUAAAGAGGCAGCGGCCCCCAAAGCGACUGCUGCUCCUGCUCCGAGGGUGUAUAUAUUUUUUACCAAAGGCUCUGGAAUUGUAAAUUUAUUUUUUAAAACUCAAAGAGGGAAAGAGCCUUGUAUCAUAUGUACACGAUGUAUCAGAAGUUAUGUUGUACAGUCCCUUUUAUACCGCAGUCUUGCUCCUGCUGCACAAAAUGUCUGUGGACACCCCGACCCCACCACAUCCACAGGCGCCGUGUCCCACCCCCUUGGCCCCUCACAGACAGUGACCGUGCCCCCUCCUGCUCCCUGCCUCCUCCCUGCUACUGCAGAUGUGCCCUUCCUCCCAACCCCUCUCAGCAGCCUUGUCACUCCAGCUCUCCCAGCCCUCCUCAAGCCCUGGGGCCCACUGGUCCCCUCUUGGCUGCUGCCCGCCCCUAGCCUUGACGCCUGCCCUGCUGCCUCCCAGGGGCCUCCCGGGCCCCUUCCUGUGCCCCACAGCUUUACCAGAGUGAAUCGUGUGUGCUGUACAGGCUCAGUUGUCAUUGCAGAAACCUCCAGGCGGAGUAAAAGCCAAUAAAAGUCUAUGAAUCAACCCA